AUGGAUAAUAAGAGACAUUUUGUGUUGGUUCAUGGAGCUUGCCAUGGAGCAUGGUGUUGGUACAAGGUUGUUGCUCUAUUGAAAUCUUCUGGACAAAAAGUGACAGCAUUAGACAUGGCUGCUUCUGGAAUCCAUCAAAAACAAGUGCAUGAGCUUGAUUCUAUUACAGAUUAUAAUGAACCAUUGAUUGAAUUUGUAAGGUCAUUGCCACAAGAUGAGAGGGUAAUCCUUGUUGGUCAUAGCUUGGGUGGGAUUUGUAUAUCUAUGGCUAUGGAAUUAUUCCCAAAGAAAAUUGCAGUUGCUGUAUUUGUUGCAGCUUUUAUGCCUUCUCCUGAUCUGUGCUCCUUGACUCUCCUCCAAGAGUAUCAUGAAAGAUUGGAUUCGAGCAUGGAUACAAAGGUUAUAUUUGACGAUAGCUCAAAUAACAAACCAAAUGGAUCUAUGAUAUUAGGGCCACAGUUCUUAGCAACCAAGUUGUAUCAACUAUCUCCAUCAGAGGACUUGUCACUUGCAAUAUUAUUACUCAGGCCUCUUUGUAGCUUUAGUGAUCAAGAACUAUUACAAGAGAAAACAAGUGUCACAAAAGAUAACUACGGUAUUGUUGCUAAAGUAUACAUUGUGUGCCAACAAGACAAAGUGAUAAAGCAUGAUUUUCAAUUGUCAAUGAUUGAACGGAAUCCCACCAAUGAUGUUAAAGUGAUUUCCGAUGCUGAUCAUAUGGCCAUGUUUUCUAAACCUCAAGAGCUUUUUGGUUAUCUUCAAGAAAUUGCAGAGACAUAUUAUUAG